AAGACCAUGUUGUUCUCAUGUUGAAGCUUGUUAAACUUCUAUAAUAAUUGCAGAUUGAAACUAUAACUUGAACUGUAUAUUCCCAGCGUGUCUGACCGCACUUGUAUGCAUAUAUAAACAUGAAAGAAUUCUAAACUACAAGUAAACAACAACAACCAAUCAACAAAUGUGUACGGUGUGAGUUCUGCACUAGUGGAAUAAAUAACAAAAUCAAGUUCCAAGUUAAUGUUAUCAUUUCACGGGUAACAUUAAAGUCAAAUACGAGGAAAAAAGAAAAUUAAUAACAACAUGGACCAAGAAACAGAAGACAGUUCUACCCCAGAUCAACAACAAAAUGGUCUCAAGCGUCAACGUGGAGGUGCAAAGGCUGCUGUGACACGCUUGAUGACACAGAUUACAACCGCUAUGAACUGUAAUCAGCCUAAAGAGGUAGAGAUGAAACUUGCUGCUUUGGAUCAGGCUGUUAUGCGGUUUCAUGAGAUCCAUGACAUAUAUCAUAAAACAUUAGAAGAUGAUGAUGACCUAGAUGCUUCUAAAGGCUAUUUAACAUCAGUCCUGCGGGAUGUGCAAGACUUACAGCACACAGUCUUAAGCUGGUUUGAAGACUUUUAGCAAUCAAUGGAAUUUCCUGAUGCAUCAAACUUCCAAGAGGAACAGCAAAUGCUUGAUGAAGCUGUUAAACCGCAAAUGUCUCCUGUAGACCAACUAUCUACCCAGCUUCAAGAGCUACAGAAUCUAAGACAGAAAGAAAAUAAAGAGUUCUCUGUGCUUUUAGCUCAACAAGAAGAACGUCUGUGUGCAGAGUUUAAACUACAACUUCAGCAAGCUGAAUUUGAAAUGGAUGGACUAAAAGGCUUACUGAAACUCAAAGAUGCUGAGAUGGAGGAAAAUAGACGAAAGGCUGAGUUAACGACAAUAAACAAAGAUCUCUCAACUCCUGUCUCAGGUAACCCAUCCUUUAACUUUCGUCCAUCAUUCUCAUCAGUAAACGAGAAUUCUUCAUGUCAACUACUGGAACUGUCAAGGCAACAGUAUCAGUCACACAUUGAUUCCAUGCACUUACCACCUGUUGGCAUAAUCAAAUUCGAUGGAGAACCCUUAAAGUACUGGCAGUUCAUCAGAUUGUUUUCCUCAGUGAUUGACAAAGAGACAGUGCCAGAUCAAGAAAAACUCACUCGUCUGCAUCAGUACACUGUCGGUCAAGCUAGAGAUGCUAUCUCGCACUGCUUGUACAACCCUGACUCUAGCCUGGGCUAUGCAGAAGCCAUGACUAUUCUGAAAAGACGUUUUGGCAAUCCAUAUGCAAUAUCACAAGCAUGGGUCGACAAGGUGCUCAAUCACAAAGACAUUAAAGACAACAAGCAGUUGCAAAGCUUUGCAGACAUUUUGCGUAGCUGCCGAGAUACUCUAAAGGCAAUGAAGUGUGAGGAUGAGCUCAAUGGUGGACGCACUUUGCUACAGAUUGUAGAAAAGCUGCCUGAAGACAUAAAAAAAGAUGGCUCACAAUAAAUUAUGAGAUAAUCAAAUCUGGACGUUUACCAAAGUUGGAAGAUGUAGUCAGUCUUGUUGAAUCUGAAGCCACUA